UGGCUGCUGGGUAUCUGCUGCUCGCUGGGAAAUGUAGUCGGCCCGAUGUCGUGAAAAGGUGGGGUAGGAGCUUGCGGCAGCCACAGGAUUUAGGGGUGGGAGAUGGAGGGGCGCCGAGAAGGCUGGCUGCUUCCGCUUGAGUCCGCCCGACUUCGGCAGCCUGCCUGGCCUGGCUUGGAACCUGUGGGUCUGGCCAGCUGAUCCCAGUUGUGUGGCGUCCUGGGCCACCCGCCUCCACCCGGUGCCCUUCAGGAACGUGCCUUGUACCUACCCCGCCGCCCUCCAGCGUGGUCCCGAGAGCCAGUGAAAGACUUGGAAGCCCCGAGUGCAUUGUAACUAAAGGUGGCUGCGUGAUGUAUAUGAAGGCGCGGAUGGAUAAUUCACCAGUAUUUAUAAUGCCCGAUAUAGAUUUCUCGGCCACUGGUGUUUAGACAAAUCUCAGUAAAAUGACUCUUCAGGCGCUGGUGCACCGUGCGGCCUCCAUGCACUUGAACAGAACAGCUGUGUGCUUUGACGAAGGCAGCAGCCGGCCCCCAGUGUGUCACAGCUACAAGACAGUGCUGAGCGAGGCUUCCGAAUUAUGUGAUUUCCUGCUGACACACUGUGACUUUGGAGGAAUUCGGGAAAUUGGUCUCUACUGCCAACCUGGGAUAAGCGUACCCUCCUGGAUUUUAGGGAUUCUUCAGGUCCCAGCGGCUUAUGCACCUGUGGAUCCAGACUCACCACCGUCAUUAUCAGCUUACUUUAUGAAGAAAUGUCAUCUGAAGUAUGUUCUCGUUGAAAAAAAGCAGGUUAACAAAUUCAGAUCUUCACAUGAAGCAGUUUUGAACUAUGACACAGUUUCAGUGGAACAUAAGGACCUGGUGCUCUUCAGACUUCAUUGGGGAAACGGUGAGGUGUCGGCGCUCAGUGAUGGAAAAGAGAAAUUCGAGGUGGAUGAUAAAGAAACCAGCAUGAGUUCUGAGAGCAGCAUCGAAGGGAGGGCACACGUGGACAUUCGGCAGGAGCGUUGCUUGGCUUAUGUUCUACACACCUCGGGGACCACAGGGACACCAAAGAUUGUUAGAGUGCCUCACGCAUGCAUACUACCAAAUGUCCAGCACUUUCAGGUGCUUUUUGACAUCACCCAAGAAGACGUUUUGUUUCUGGCUUCGCCUCUGACCUUCGAUCCAUCUGUUGUGGAAAUAUUUGUUUCUCUGUCCAGUGGAGCCUGUCUGCUCAUCGUGCCAACUUCUGUCAAAGUGUUCCCAGCCAAGUUAGCUGAUGUUCUCUUUUCCCGCCACAGAGUGACCGCUCUACAGGCAACGCCAACAUUGCUGAGAAGAUUUGGAUGUGAGCUCAUCAAGUCCACUGUCCUGUCAGCGCAUACUUCUCUGAGAGUGCUGGCCCUUGGUGGGGAAGCCUUCCCCUCACUGGCUGUUCUCAGAAGCUGGAGAGGCAAAGGCAAUAAGACACGAAUAUUUAACAUUUAUGGUAUCACAGAGGUGUCUAGUUGGGCGACUUUCUACAGGAUCCCCGAGGAAGUCCUUAAUUCUCCUGUGAAACACGAAUCUCCCGUGCAGCUGGGGUCACCACUCCUUGGGACGGUGGUCGAAGUCAGGGACACAAACGGCUCCCCAGUUCACGAGGGCACCGGCCAGGUAUUUUUAGGUGGGGAAAACAGAGUGUGUUUCCUGGAUGGUGAAACGGCAGUGCCUCCUGGCACCAUGCGGGCCACAGGAGACUUUGUGACUGUGAAAGAUGGAGAUAUGUUUUUCUUGGGAAGAAAGGACAGCCAGAUCAAGCGCCACGGCAAACGUCUUAACAUUGAGCUUGUACGACAGGUGGCUGAAGAACUUCACCAGGUGGAAUCCUGUGCAGUUACGUGGUAUAAUCAGGAAAAGUUGAUUCUCUUCGUCGUAACCAAAGUUGAUUUGGUAAAGGAUAGCAUCUUUAAGGAACUGCGGAAACGCCUUCCAACUCACGCUCUCCCUGAUGACAUGGUGUUGAUUGAUGCUCUGCCAGUCACGUGCCAUGGAAAAAUUGAUGUUUCUGAAUUAAACAAGAUAUAUUUAGACUACAUAAACUCGGAGCCUAGGAAUAAGAUCCAUGGAAAAGAGGAACUUUGGGAAAAAUUACAGUAUUUAUGGAAGUCUAUUCUGAGUCUCCCUGGGGAUCCCGAGGAUGCCUGGAAGGUUCCCGAGGACUCAGUCUUCUUAGAUAGUGGCGGCGAUUCCCUCAAGUCCAUGUGGCUCCUCAAUGAGAUUGAAAAACUCACUGGCACAUCUAUGCCUGGGCUCCUGGAGCUUAUUCUCAGCAGAUCUAUCUUAGAGGUGUACAACCACAUCGUUCAGACCAUGUUUGCACAGGAGGACCUGAAAGUCGGCAAGGGCUGUGCCUCGAAAAGGAAACUCAGUGACACGGACCCAGAGGAAGCCAGUGGCAAACCUGCACAGCCGGCCUUGCCCUUUGCCCACGACAGCGAGGCAAACGCUCUGAUUGCUCUCAGCAGAGGGAGUCAGCUCCUAUCUCUGGGCACUCGGGGGCAUUUAACUAAUUUAGGACAUUGCCCGUCAGUCUGUCCUCCUGAUUUCAUCUCACAGACUGACACUCAAGCACCAAAAGACUUAAGUCCUCCAGUUCCUGAAGAGAAGUUGAAAAAGCCAUCAGUUUCUCAGGAGGGGAAACCUGCGGCAGGGGCUGAGACCGUGUUGCAAGAGAGGUGGCGGUCAGACACGGGCAAAUGCGUAGAUGCGUCCCCUCUGCUGGUGAUGGCAGCUGCCGAUCCGUCAUCCACAACCGUGUACAUCGGUUCCCACUCCCACAGAGUGAAAGCGGUUGACCUUUACUCUGGGAAGACGAGGUGGGAACAGCUCCUGGGAGAUCGAAUUGAAUCCUCGGCAUGCGUGUCCAAGUGUGGAAACUUUAUUGUAGUGGGCUGCUAUGAUGGAUUAGUUUAUGUUCUAAGAAGUAAGAGUGGAGAAAAACAUUGGGCAUUUACUACUGAAGAUGCUGUCAAAAGCUCGCCAGCCAUGGACCCCACCACAGGCCUCAUCUAUGUCGGGUCUCAUGACCAGCAUGCGUAUGCUCUAGACAUCUAUGAAAAGAAAUGUGUCUGGAAGCUAAACUGUGGUGGGAUGAUCUUCGCUUCUCCAUGUUUGAGCCUGAGGCCACAUCACCUGUACUGUGCUACGCUUCGGGGACUUUUACUGGCUAUAAGUCCUGCUGCUGGGAGCGUCGUUUGGAAGCACUGCUGUGGACAGCCGCUCUUCUCUUCCCCACGGUGCUGCCAGCGGUAUGUUUGCGUCGGCUGUGUGGACGGGAGCUUGCUCUGCUUCACUCAUGUAGGAGAGCAGGUGUGGCGCUUCUCUGCGGGAGGACCAGUCUUCUCAUCCCCGUGUAUCCCAGCAUCAGAACAAGAAAUAUUUUUUGGUUCCCAUGAUUGCUUUCUGUACUGUUGUAGCAUGGAAGGUCACCUGCAGUGGAAAUUUGAGACUACCGCGAGGGUGUACGCAACCCCCUUUGCUUUCAGUAGCCAGAGCUGCAGCAGCGAAUCCCUGCUGGCGGCCGCAUCCACCGACGGGAAGCUGUGGAUCCUGGAGUCUCAGAGUGGCAAGCUGCGAAGUGUGCACACACUCCCGGGAGAAGUUUUCUCUUCUCCUGUGGUCUGGGAAUCCAUGCUUAUCAUUGGGUGCAGAAAUAAUUACGUUUACUGUCUGGAUUUAUUGUGUAGUGAUAAUCAAGUAUAGUCCUUGUAAGUAUAUAUGUGUGUGUGAGAUGGUUGGAAAUAUUGUAAAGCUAUGUGGAUGGUUUUAUAUUAAAGAUUCUAUUUUG